GGCAAUGGCGGCGCUGCCGAGGAGCGUGGUGGCCCCCGCGGGCCGGCACACCGCCUCGCUCAUCUUCCUGCACGGCUCAGGUGAUACUGGCCAAGGAGCAAGAGCAUGGAUAAAACAACUUUUGAACCAAGACAUGGCUUUCCAACAUAUAAAAGUAAUUUACCCGACAGCUCCUGCCAGGCCAUAUACACCUAUGAAUGGAGCCCUUUCCACUGUGUGGUUUGACAGGUACAAGAUCUCCAAUGACUGUCCAGAACACACUGAAACCAUUGAAUCCAUGUGCCAUGGCCUUACAGACUUGAUCAAUGAUGAGAUUAAAAGUGGCAUCACAAAGAAUAGGAUACUUGUAGGAGGCUUUUCAAUGGGAGGCGGAAUGGCAAUGCAUUUAGCAUACAGGUUUCAUCGAGAUGUGGCAGGAGUCUUUGCACUUUCCAGUUUUCUUAACAAAGAAUCUGCUGUUUACCAGGCUUUGAACAGAAAUGAAGGUGACCUUCCAGAAUUAUUUCAGUGUCAUGGAACAGCUGAUGAACUAAUUCCUUACUCCUGGGGUGAAGAAACCAACAAGAUGUUAAAGUCGCUGGGAGUGCCAGCAUCACUGCACACUUUUCCAAACCUUGAUCAUGAAUUAAGCAGAACUGAAAUAGAAAAGCUAAAAACCUGGAUUGUAGAGAAAUUGCCCAUUGAGGUAGCAAAGUCAAAUGAAUAAAAGCUAGAGCUUUCAUGUACUUUCUGAGUUUUGAUCUUCUUAAGGUUGUGCAAGACAAAUGGGUGUCCCAUACAUGUUAUAUAAUAGAAACAAAACUUCAGGUAGACACUGUUAUAUUCCUCACAGUUCACUUAGCAUGAUGGUGCUAACUGCUAAUGCACAUCUUGAGUUUCUUUUUUUGUUCUCUUGUCCAAUUUUUAAAUAUGCAUCUGUCAGUCUAUGGAAGAUAGUGACUGAUGACCAUUCUUAAAUGAUCAGAAUAAUAUUCCGGAAGAAUUGCCCUGACUUUUCCAGAUCCAUUUUCUUUUUCAUUUUAAGAUGGAAAAAUAUCCAGUGGCAUGAUUGUCUUUCUAAAGCUGUUACGGGUGACAAAAGGCAAGUUAUUCUCAAAAUGAUGGRCCUUUGCCUGUGGAAAUAAUUGCUCAAGUUAUKUCAUUGAGAGUAGCUCUCAGUGUAGUAGUAGURGUACUUUGGAGAGUAGGAUAUUCAGUUUAUGGAAAUUACUCAGCAUCAAAGAGGAGUUGUGUGCCACUUCAGAGAAAUAACUGUCAUUUUAUUACAUUUCAAGAAGACCUAAAUAGGAGCRUGUCUGUAUCCCCCAUGCUGGUUGUYACCUAUGGUCACUGGGGUGUUACUAGAGGUCUUGUUCUGUGUGAACUGCAUGAGUUCCAUGCGACUUAGAAGUGCUGGGGUUUUUUUGUUUUAGUCCCAUGAUGAUUGUUAAGAUAUAUCCUGUUUUUGAAGAAAUCAUUCUUUGGGCWCUCUUCCUUUAGAAACUUAUUUUUGCCAGCA